AUGUCAGAGUUUCAUAUAAAGUUUGCUUCCCCAAGAGCUAUCAAAGGACAAGCGGUCGCAGAUUUACUAGCAGCUUUCCCAGAAGAGGGUACCACAACACUGCACGAGGAUCAUCUUGGAGAGGUUCCGGAAAUUUCUUUCGUCAAAGAAGAAGUGUGUAUACUAUUUUUCGAUGGCUCCGGCACCCCUAGCAAUAAUACCGGAGGAGCGGGCGUGGUUCUAGUAUCCCCAAUCGGUGAAGUUUUCUCGCAUUCCUUCAAUCUGGACUUUCAUUGCACCAACAAUUCAGCAGAAUAUGAAGCUUUUCUCAUAGGGUUAUCAUUAGCCAAGCAAGCUAGAGACACGCGUCUGGAAAUAAGGGGUGAUUCUAAAUUACUGGUUAACCAGUUGAAUGGAGUAUAUGCAUUGAAAGAGGUGACACGAGCCCCGUAUAGAUCCGAGGCGCAAAAGCUGCUAAAUUACUUCGCUGACGCAACCAUAACACAUGUUGGCCGUAACAACAACAAACACGCUGAUUGCCUAGCCACAUUAGCAUCAAAGCUGCAGUUCGAAGGUCUGGAAGAAACCUUGACGGUGAAAAGAUGA